CAUUGUUUAGGAAAACGUUAACUGGUAACGAUCGAUCGACCAGGGAAACAAUCUUCCAAAGCAAUGGUACCCAAUACUUCCAUUCUCCGAUUGUUCUCUCCUCACGUCGCAAUCCACCGCUGGACCUCGACAUCGGCCUACAGAGUGGCUCAUACUUCUUCCGCAUCCCAGAUCAGCAGCUUCCUUUCUAAAAGGGUCUAUACGCCGCCGCCUUGGGCUUCAGACCUCUCCGUCAUCCCAUCCCACAACUACACCCUCGGCCAAUUUCCAACUCCAAUUCACAAAUGGAACCUCCCCAAUUUGCCAAAAGGCACAGAAGUAUGGAUCAAGCGGGAUGAUCUCACUGGCAUGGAACUGAGCGGGAAUAAAGUUCGGAAGCUCGAAUUUCUGAUGGCAGAUGCCGUUGCACAGGGUGCCGAUUGUGUUAUCACUAUCGGUGGUAUCCAGAGCAACCAUUGCCGAGCGACUGCCGUCGCUGCCAAGUACGUUAAUCUUGAUUGCUAUCUGGUACUUGUUACCUCCAAGCUUCUUGUGAACGAAGAUCCUGGUUUGGUUGGUAAUCUCCUUGUCGAGAGAUUAUUGGGAGCGCACAUUGACCUUGUCUCGAAAAGAGAUUUUGUUAAAAUUGGGGGUUUGGCUUUAACUGACUUGCUAAAAAAGAGGCUUUUGGAAAAAGGACGGAAGCCAUAUGUGAUUUCUGGUGGUGGAUCCAACUCAUUGGGAGAUUGGGGAUAUAUUGAAGCAGUAAGGGAGAUUGAGCAGCAAAUUCAGUUAUCUGGUGAUGUUCAGUUUGAUGACAUUGUUGUUGCAUGCGGCAGUGGUGGAACCGUUGCUGGUCUUGCUUUAGGAUCACAAUUGAGUAGCAUAAAGGCAAAAGUCCAUGGAUUCUCUGUUUGUUAUAACCCUGGAUACUUCUAUGACAAUGUACAAGGUCUCAUUGAUGGACUUCAACCUGAUUUGAAUUCCCAUGAUAUAGUCAGGAUUGAAGAUGCUAAGGGCUUAGGCUAUGCCAUGAGCACACCUGAAGAGCUUAAAUUUGUGAAGGAUAUAGCUGCAGCAACAGGCAUUGUGCUUGAUCCAGUCUAA